AUGCGCAAAAAUGACAAAGAGAUUCUCAGGAUUCUUUUAGAUGAUCACAUCGAUACAGAUAGAUACGGGCUUGGUAUAAAUUCCUUUUGUAAAAUUCGUUGGAACUUGGGCGUGGAAUGGUCAAGGCGGCAAAAUCACACUGUGGAGAGUAUACAUGAAGAUGUUCAGGCAAUCAGGCGUCUUUAUCCAUUGGCUGGGGCUCGUGAGAUGAAGUCUAUCCUUUUUCACGAUCGGGAUAUGGAUGUAGAACGAAGUCUGAUAAUCAGGUACUUCCACGCAUAUGAGUCUGACAUGGUUAAGGAGAGAAAGGCUAGACGUCUCAAACGACGUCGCUUUUGGGCAGCAGGAGUCAAUGACCUUGUUGCUGUUGACCAGCAUGAUAAGUGGAAACGAUUUGGACUUGCCCUUCACAUUGGCGAAGAUCCCUUCUGUGGAGUGACUCACUGGCUCAGGGUUUGGCAUAACAAUAACAACCCAAAGCUUGUGCUUUCAUACUACUUGGACUGGGCUGAAGUUUCUGGAUAUAUUCCUCUCAUCACUCAGAGUGAUCUGGGUUCCGAAAAUUAUGGAAUUGCAAACGCACAAAGUAUUCUUCGCCAAUGGCAUGAUCCUCGCCUCGAAGGAACAGUCCAGCAUCGAUGGAUGCGCAGCAAGAAGAAUGUCAAACCUGAAAUUGCCUGGUCGCAGUUCAGGCGCCGAUUUGCACCAGGCUUCGAGACCAUAAUUCAGGAGGGAGUAACGGCAGGCUGGUAUGAUAUGACUCGACCUCUUGAUGUCCUUGUGUUCCGUUGGCUAUUUAUUCCGUGGCUUCAGACAGAAAUUAACGCCUACGUGGAGAGGGUUAACAACACUCGAAAGCGUGCAGAUCGUAAUAAAGUAUUGCCUCAUGGUCCCCCCAAUGAUAUCUUUGCCUCUCCAGAGCGAUAUGGUUGUCUUGACUUCAAGGUCAAGGUCGAGCCCGAGGCAUUCGAAUAUGUUAGAGAAAAGUUUGCCCCACCUUCAGAUCCAGUCUUCGAGCUUGUCCCCCCAAUUUUUGCAGAGUAUGCUGGUCAAGCAUACGCGAAGAUUGGUAGCCCCGAGCUUAAUUCGGUCAAUAUCUGGCCAGUUUAUUGUGAAAUCGUGCUAAGCCUCCAAGAUAUCACAACCAACCGGGCAGGGAGCUGUCAGGACUACAUAAAUUCAGUGGACGAAUGGCAAGUGGCAGAGAGCCUGCAGGAGAUAGAGCCAGAAACACCCUAUCCUUUGAUUGAUGGCCGUGCACUCUUUGGAGGGGAUGAAUAUCUUGGCGGGGUAAAUGAGGGUUGGGGACUUGACACUGAGUUAGAACAACGGUUGGACGCUAUGGAGGAUGACAAUGAGUUCGAACCAGGAGAGGUACAUGGCCUUGUUUUUUCAGAAGACGAGGACAAUGGCGCAAAUCCCGAAGAGAAAGACAAUUGGUAG